GAUAAUAGACAGUAGCAGCAGCGUAUGUGCCCCUUCUAUGUGUAGGCUGCUGGGCCGACGGGCAGAGCUACACAUGGAGAUGAGCAAUUUCAGACAGGCCGUACAGGAUGGAGACGCCAUGUGUCGACUGACGCCCCUCUCUCCCAAGGCUCACUACGUGAAGGCCCUGGCUCUGAACAAAGCCGGUUAUAAUGAAGAGGCCCUGCAAGAAUACUUCUACUGUCUGGCUUUGAAGCCAGACUGGACAUCAGUCAAGCUGGAAACGCAGAAGAUGCUCAGUGAGAUGUUCUCCGUGUUCAAGAAGGACGGUCUCCCCACGUCAUCACUCCCCCACCACCAAACAGGCCCCGCCUCCCAACUCAAACCGGCCUCCCUUCUCCUCGGCUCCCUCCAUUCCACCCCUCGUAGAUGGAGCCAAACCCCUAUUGGCCGUAGAGAAAGUUUAUCUGACACUGGGGCAGAGACCAAGUCCUCAUGUGAGGACUCCAAGACCCUGGCUUCUGUCGUGGCUGCCUUACCUCUUCCCCCUGGCCUAAAGAGGAAGUUCUCAGACGAGCCCCAAGGCUCUGCACCCCCCAACAAGCUCCCCAGAAAAGUCUUGUGUUCAGAUGAGUCAAGCUCAUCCCAGAUGCCUGCUGCUUGUUGCAGUGAGAGGAGAGAGGUGCCUCCUCAGCUCCUGGAUAGCACUGACAUGGACUGCUCUGUUUGUAUGAGGCUGUUCUACGAGCCAGUCACCACCCCCUGUGGACACACCUUCUGCAUGAAGUGUCUUGAGCGCUGUCUGGACCACAACCCCAACUGCCCCCUGUGUAAAGAGAACAUUACAGAGUACCUGGCCACUAGAGGGUACCAUAAGACCCUGCUGAUGGAGGAGGUGCUGCAGCGCUACCUGUCUGAGGAGCUGGCUGAGAGGAGCAAGGUGCACCAGGAAGAAAUGGCAGAGCUGUCAAACUUGACCCGGGAAGUGCCCAUCUUCAUCUGCACCAUGGCAUUUCCCACAAUCCCCUGCCCCCUGCAAGUCUUCGAGCCGUGUUAUAGGCUGAUGAUCCGACGUUCUAUGGAGACGGGAACCAAGCAGUUUGGAAUGUGCAUCGCUGACGACAUCAAAGGCUUCGCAGACUACGGCUGCAUGUUGGAGGUGACAGACGUGAAGUUCCAACCAGACGGGCGCUCGGUGGUCGACACGGUUGGAGUGUCCCGCUUCAGAGUGCUGAGCCACGGCCACCGUGACGGCUACAACACAGCCAAGAUAGAGCACCUGGAGGACCAGAAGGUGGAUGGAGAGGAGCUCGUGGAGCUGCAGAAGCUGCAUGACUUUGUGUACGAGCAGGCCAGCACCUGGUUCACCUCCCUCAAAGACAACAUGAAGAACCAGAUCGUCUGCCACUUUGGACAGCUGCCCGUAAAAGACUGUGACAUACAGGGGAGUGCCAGUGGUCCUGCAUGGUGUUGGUGGCUGCUGGCUGUACUGCCCCUGGAGAAGAGAGCCCAGCUAAGCAUCCUGGCCAUGACCACCCUCCGAGAGCGCCUCAGCACCACCUGCCGGGUGCUCAGCCUCGUCACACGCAAACACCCGCCACCACGGCGACCAUCUUCAGCAGCAGCAUCAUCAUCACCACUGUAGUGGCCCCCCUGGAGGUGAUCAGUUUAGAAUCAUCUGGGCCCAGUUAGAUAACUUUUGACAAUCUGGAUUUCGCCUAUUGGCUAGGAUUAAAUGCAUAUGAAUAGAACAGGAGUCCCUGUUGAAGUCAGUUAUUUUUCUGUUCUAUUAAUUAUAUUUCUAUGCAUUUAAUCCUAUCCGAUAGACAAAACCAGAUAUAUCAUUUUUGGAAAACUGGGCCCUGGAGAAGAAGGGAGAAACUCAAUUUUCCGCAGAAGCUCUAGCCUCAGUUUCAACAGUGGGAAUGAUUUACCAGUGUUGUUCAUGAUCUCAGGAAUGGGUUUCUAAUUGAGUCUUACAAAAAGGGUCGAUGGACUAGCCCUACCCAACCAAAACACAUAAAUGGGUGUCAGGUUCGCGCACAUAUCUUUGGGUAAAUUCCUUUAAGUCCAGUUUUGUCAUGUUUAUGUGUGGUACAUUAGGUUUAUCUUGUUUUAUUGUUGACCUGUGUACAAAUGAGGCCUUAAAUUAUUUCUGCAAUAUGUUUUUUUCUACUAUUCGCCAUGUGAAUCCAAUUUUCAUGUACAGAAAUUUAGCAUUUUUCUAUGGGACAUAAUUAAUAGAAUAAUGCACACCAUCCAUUACUGAAACAAUAUGUUCUAGUGUAUAUUGGUAAUCAUGGCAGCAGGGAGCGCUUGAUGCAAGAGAAAAAUAGCAGCACAACACAUUGUAGUAGCACCAAAGAUCCACAGGGUGGCAGUAAAUGUGUGAGCUAAGAGGAUCGAUGCAGACAACCCGACAUUUGAACAGGUGCUCUUUUGUGGUGGACAGAUCCUCUCUGUCAUAAAAACAAUGGACAGUAGGACAUCACCCCUGUCAUUCAACAGCCUAGUUUUAGUUUAGUUAAAUUAAUCAAAGCUCGAUUUAAAUAUAGUAAGCCUAACUCGUGUCUUUAUAAGUGGCUUCAUAGCUAGUCAACCAUCUUGAUUAAUUAACCAAUAAACUUGCUCAAUUCCCCAGAUGCACAUCGGAA